AUGCCCCGUGGUUCAACAUGCCCCGGUCUCCCUAAUGGUUGUCAUUGUAAUGAAACGAUUAAAGAACUUUUUGUUUAUCCAAGCGUACGGAAACGUGAAAAGUGGCUUGAUGCAAAAAAAGUUCACUCGAUAGGGGGCCUGAUGCGAGUUAAUUCUCUCGAUAGGCCCAGUGAAAACAGGCCCUUGGUUGUGCGAAAGACGACCAGACUCGUCGGCCCAGUGAAAACAGGCCAGGGUUGUGCGAAAGCCGACCGACUGACUGACAGGCCCAGUGAAAACAGGCCUUUGAUUGUGCGAAAGCCUACCAGACUCGACGGCCCAGUGAAAACAGGCCAGGGUUGUGCGGAAACCGACCGACUGACUGACAGGCCCAGUGAAAACAAGCCCUUGGUUGUGCGAAAGCCGACCAGACUCGAGGCCCAGUAA